AUGGUGUCUCUUAGGGUGCAGAAGAGAUUAGCAGCCAGCAUUCUCAAGUGUGGGAAGGGCAAAAUCUGGGUGGAUCCCAAUGAGACCAUUCAUAUCUCCAUGGCAAAUUCUAGAAUGAGCAUGCGGAAACUCAUAGAAAAUGGAUAUAUCAUCAAAAAGCCCGUAAAACUCCAUUCUCGUUCUCGUGCUAGACAAGCCAUGGAAGCAAAGAGAAAGGGUAGGCACUCCGGAUAUGGAAAGAGAAGAGGAACAAGAGAAGCAAGGCUUCCAACAAAUGUACUAUGGAUGAGGAGAAUAAGAGUGCUCCGGCGGUUGUUGCAUCGAUACCGAGAUUCCAACAAAAUCGACAAGUACAUGUACCAUGACUUGUACAUGAAGGUGAAGGGAAACGUGCUCAAGAAUAAGCGCAUAUUAAUGGAAAACAUUCACAAGUUGAAGUCCUGCAAAAGAAGAGAGAACGUUACAAGAUCAACUCAUAACUAG